GGGGACCAGGACAGAACGGCCACACUGCCUGGGGCUCCGCCGCGCGUUCGCGCUGCACCGAGCCGACUCCCAGGCGCCGCGGGCUCGAGGUCCCAGCCAAGGGAGAGGCCGACGUGUGUAAGUUGCCUUCUGGACAGUCCCAGCUGUGAUGCUGAAGAGCUCUGAGCCAGCGCUCGGCCGAGCCUCCGGCUAGGAUCCCGGGCAGAGACCGCCUCCGACCCGGCGCUGACAUUAUUCUGCACAGCUCAACGGCUACUCGCGUCUCCGCUGCCCUAGUUGUGGCCGCUCUGCUUCCCUAGGGACUGGGGUCGUGGCAGAGUGCCCACGCGCCGGGGAUCUGCACGCCUGGGGCCUGGACUCCCUUCAGAGACUCACACGGAGUGGUGAGUCCUGAGAAGGGCAAAGGAUGCUACCUACUGACUUCACCCCCGCUCCUUUCAUGUAUGUAACAUAUUGAGAGAGUCGUGAGGAACAACAAGGAGAAACUGCCAUGAUUUACCAAGACAAGAAGUAAUCCUCGGGCCUCACAAGAUGAUUCAGGAUGGAUCCUGAAGCUGCCCAGCUAGAGAAACGGCACGUACAUGAUGUGUAUGAGAGCACCGCCCCCUACUUCAGUGACCUGCAGAGCAAAGCCUGGCCACGAGUCCGCCAGUUCCUGCAGGACCAGAAACCAGGCAGCCUCAUCGCUGACAUUGGCUGUGGAACUGGAAAGUACCUUAAAGUCAAUAGCCAAGUCCAUACCCUGGGCUGUGACUACUGUGGGCCUCUGGUCGAGAUUGCCCGGAACAGAGGUGGCGAAGUCAUGAUAUGCGACAACCUUAAUCUCCCCUUUAGGGACCAGGGCUUUGAUGCCAUCAUCUCCAUAGGAGUCAUCCAUCAUUUUUCUACAAAACAAAGAAGAAUUAGAGCAAUAAAGGAAAUGGCCAGGGUCUUAGCUCCUGGAGGACAGCUGAUGAUUUACGUUUGGGCAAUGGAACAGAAGAAUCGACACUUUGAGAAGCAGGAUGUGCUUGUUCCGUGGAACAGUGCACUCUGUUCCCGGCUGCUCUCAGAAUCCCACCAGCCCUGGGGGCCUCCGUGUGGGCAUCCCAUGAGCCAAGACUACGAGGGUCCUGGCUCUGCGUGUGGCUGUGCAGUAUGUUUGAAGGGCAGGUGUGAUUCCAAGAGGUCCCACAGCAUGGACUGUGGGCCUGCGGUGGCCAGAACCUGCUGUGAAGAUAUUCCGAAGGAAGGCGAGGAAGAGAAUGGAUUGUAUAACAAUUUUGGAAAAUCCCUUCGCUCCUGGUUUUUCUCCAGGUCUUUGGAUGAAUCAACCCUGAAGAAGCAAAUUGAAAGAACAGGACCUGUGAAUAUCACACAGGGUUGGGCCAAUAGCACUGUGUCCCGUCAGCCUUCCAGACAACCCAGUUUAGACUUCCAUCCCCGGGACCCGUUGUCAACCAAAGGAUCAAACUUAGAUGAGGUGUUCGUAGACACAUGUUCUCAAAGACACUUGCGCUGGCUGGGACAAACGGGCACUUCGGAGACCUUCAGUGGCCACCAGGGAGGAGACAGCAGGAGGAAGGAGGGUGGCGAUUGUCUGGACACCACUAACACCAGAGACAGUCAGGCUGCAGGUAACGUCAGUGAUCCUUCUGCCAGAAAAACAUUAAGGAGAGUUUCUGCAUUCGACUCUACAGAUUCCCAAUCAGAAGACCCAAAUUACGCAGAGGAGCAGGAGGUGGCUCCGGAUUCCAGAGCCUUCAUGCGCUACUACCAUGUAUUCCGGGAAGGCGAGCUGUCUGGACUUCUGCAAGAGAGUGUGUCUGAGCUGCAGGUUCUAAGUGCUGGCAAUGACCACGGCAACUGGUGUAUCAUCGCAGAGAAAAGGGGGAGCUAGGAUUAAUUGCAUCACAUGGGGCAGGGGCUUCAGAGGUUGACCGUCAUCUGUCCACUGGGGCCGAUGUGGGCACCCAAAUCAGCAUCUUGUCUCAUUGUUUUCAAAUCCAGGUACAGGGUCUU